AUGAUUUCACUGGGUUUUUGGGCUCUGAUUCAUGGUAUCAAUACCUCUCUCAUCGUAAUACCAUCACCCAUUCCAAGUACUACAUCCAAAGUGCCAAUUAUAAGGGAGAAACGUCAAGCAACCGCUUCUGGGGAGACAUGUGGGUACGCAAAUGGAAACGCAAUGUUUCCUCGAUCCGCAGCACCUGGAUAUUUUUGCGGCAAAGACGCUCAGAACAGCUUAUGGGGCUUCUGCUCAGACGCUGUUACUGUUGCUGAUUGUGGACUCUUCGGGUACUGCUUUGAUAAAGGAGCAUGCUCUGCUGGUUGCGGGGUUUCCGAAUUAAUCUCCACGACUUGCCAGCCUUACUGCUUUUCGGAACUGCUGGUGUCUAAUUAUCAGACCUAUACGCAUAUUACGUGUGCAAAUGCUCCUGGCUCAGCUGUUUGGCUUGCGGUUCCCACCAUUACGUCUCCCAUGCCAGCAACCAUAUCUUCCUCAUCACGAGCAGCGGUAAGCAUAUCAACUCUGGAAAAAACAGUAACUGUAUCUUCCUCGUCAUUCGCCACGAAUCCUAAAGUAUCAACUUCUAAACCUGCUAUCAAAUCAUCAACCAUAACCGACGAUCCAGCAGCCACAUCUAACACUGGUAUAGCCCCAUUUAGCACAGAAUACCCAUCAAGCAGUUUGCCAGUAGGUGCCAUCAUUGGCGGGGCUCUCGGAGGUCUCAGUCUCAUCCUUCUUACAAUCAUCGUCGUCGUCUUUUUGAAGAGACGACACACGUCUACCGCGAAAGUCGUAAAACGAGAGCCAGUCAGCGAGUCACCAGGCACGACAGCAAGGAGUGAGAUUUUUGAGAUACAUGGUGGUCAAGUUGAUAGACGUGCUGAUGGGCUUCGGAGCCCAAAAAUAGUACGGAAACUGAGCUCUGCUGCUUUUUCAGGAAUUUACUGA